GUCCAACUUACAACAUCUAGGGCGCACUAGCACACUCCAAGCCAGGUGAGUUCCUCUCAUUCUACACGCACUCGCGGAGUUGCAGAAGUUUGUCGAAGUUUUGCGCGGACUUGUGACUGGUGAUGAGUCUCGCGGAUGUGGUCAUUGCUUAAGCGAAGCGGUUGUGUACAGACGGAAAAAUUUUAGGCGCCAUGGUUCGAUUGACUUACUCAAGGAUGCUGGCUUUUUGGUUUUUGUUUGUUGCUGUAUCGUUCUCGAGUGCAUUUUCAGUUGACUCCGACAACUCGCAAGCGGGAUGGCAUGCACCUGGAUGUCACAAAGUUGGUCACACACGGAAAAUCAGCAUCCCGAAUUGCGUAGAGUUCCACAUGACAACAAAUGCCUGCCGCGGAUACUGCGAAAGUUGGGCAGUUCCCUCCAGUCCUCUCAUUACCCCUAGCCAGCCAGUGACGUCCGUUGGAGAAUGCUGCAACAUCAUGGAAGCUGAGCCAGUCGAAAAAAAGGUACUUUGCGUUGACGGAGUUAGGACCCUGAUCUUUAAAUCGGCUGUCACUUGUUCGUGUUACCAUUGCAAGAAAGACUAAGGACUCAUGCCACUUCUGUAACAUAAAGCCAUCACUGUAAAUUUGAAUAAACCUAUCUAUAUUGUAUAUAUUGUGCUGACUGACCUGACUGAUUUUAUUGUACAUUAAGUUCAUUAAAUGGUUUUAUUUCUUAAAA